AAUCUGAUUUUUUUGGUUGAUUGAAGUUUAUUUUAAAUGUGAACACCAAAAUAAUAUAAAAAGACAUUCAAACAUAAGCCAUGGAAAUAUAUAUUUGAAACGGAGUGAGAAGAAGUAUAACUUAUAGACUCUCAGUAUGUGACGUACACAAGUACAGUAUAUGACUCAGUGGACCAUGGCGGAUUGCGAGAAAGAGGAACUUAAAUCCGAAUUAAGGGAGAAAAACAACUGUAUAUCGGGCCACAACGUAUUCCACCGAGCCGUCACCGACCCUGCAGUGAACGGCGACCUCCGAGCCCUGCGCUACUUGAGGGCCCAGGAGCUGCAGUGCUCGACUACUCCACACGGGGAGCGGGUGCAGUCCGACAUUAGGCCGUACAUGAGGAGAUUACUGGCGAUGUGGAUGUUUCAGGUGUGUGAGGAGCAGAAAUGUGAGGAGGAGGUGUUCCCACUGGCCAUGCAUUAUCUAGACUCCUACCUAAGGCAGUUUACCAUUGAGAAAGAAAGACUGCAGCUCUUAGGGACUGUCUGCAUGUUCUUGGCUUCAAAAAUGAGAGAGACAGUCUCCCUAACUGUAAACACCCUUUGUAUCUACGCUGACAACUCCAUCUCAGCCACAGACAUCCUGCAGUGGGAGAUGUUGGUGGUGUCCAGAUUGGACUGGUGUCUGGCCUCUGUGAUUCCCUCCGACUUCCUGGAACCAAUUCUUCAUGCCUUACCCUUUGUUCAGCCCAUGCACUUUCAAAACAUGCGCAGGCAUGUUCACUGCUACAUUGCUCUGGCUGCCACUGACGACAGGUUCUCCGUGUUCAUGCCCUCCACUCUUGCAUGCGCCUGUAUCAGCCUUGCUGUGCAGGGGGUAAAAUCAGCAGACGCUAACACCAGUCCUGAGAUAGUGACGAAGUUUUUGGCUGACCUCCUGUGCAUCGAUCUGAACUCCAUCUGUCUCUGCUGUGAGCAGCUCAGGAGUCUGCUGGAGCACAGCCUACCCUCCUGUUUUAGGAGCGGCAGUAAAGUAAAAACACGUGGCUCAGAGAUCAGCUACACCCCUGGUGACUCUCAGCAUGUUGCAGCCACACCAAAGAAUUUACCUUCCUCUGUCACAAACAAGAGUGGAAGAAUGGAAUAGAAAAAUAAUGGAAGAAAGAAUCGAAAUACUGGACAGAAGUUUAUUUUGUAGUUAGGACCAGUGUGUAAUAUUGAAGGU